AUGACCCAGUUCGACAUCGUCAUGACCUCGGACAAGGUCUGCCCCUUCUGCUACCUGGGCAAGAAGCGGCUCGACCGCGCCAUCGACGCCUACAAGCGCACCGUGCCCGGCGGCGGCGGCGACACCUUCAACGUCUCGUACCGCGCCUUCUACCUGAACCCGUACGCGCCGGCCAGGGGCGUGCCCAUCCGCGAGGCCAUGGCCGAGAAGUUCGGCGCCGCGCGCUUCGAGCCCAUGAAGGCGCGGCUGCAGGCCAUGGGCAAGAGCGAGGGCAUCGACUUCACCUUCGAGUGCCUGACGGGCAGCACGCGCGACGCGCACCGCCUCGACAAGCUGACCCGCACCAAAGGGCCCGGGGUCGAGGAGGCCGUGGCGCAGGUCGUCUACGAGGAGUACUUUGAGAAGGGCGGCGACAUCACCUCGCGCGACAUGCUGGUCGCGGCGGCCGCCAAGGGCGGCGUCGACCCGGCCGAGGCGCGGGCGUGGCUCGAGAGCGACGCGGGCGGCGAGCAGGUCGACCGGGAGGCCAGGGACGCCGUGCGCGAGGGCAUCCACGGCGUGCCGCACUUUGAGAUCAACGGCGAGUUCCACAUUGGCGGCGCCGAGGACGUGCAGACGUUUGUGACCGAGUUUGUCAGGGCGAAGGAGGCGGCCGAGGCCAAGUCUGGCUAA